GCCUUCAAUGCCGUCUUUAAAGCACUACAAGGGACAUUUGCGUCGAGACUUUUUCGGUGAUGUAGCAGGGCUGAUUGGAGUUCAUGGCAAAAAUUGGGAACUCUUUCGUCAAGAAGUGCAGCAAAUUUUAUUACAACCUCAAACUGCUAAAAAAUAUAUACCACCACUAAAUGAUAUAGCUACAGAGUUUAUGAGCAGAGUCCAUGAAAUGCGGAAUGAAAAUGACGAACUGCCAGCAAAUUUCCUACACGAACUAUACAAAUGGGCACUUGAAUCUGUUGGACGUGUAUUUUUGAACACACGCUUGGGUUGUUUAACACCGAAUGGCAGUGAAGAGUCGCAACAAAUAAUUGAUGCCAUUAAUACAUUUUUCUGGGCUGUGCCGGAGCUUGAAUUACGUAUGCCACUUUGGCGUUUCUAUCCGACAAAAGCAUACAGAAGUUUUGUGAAGGCAUUGGAUAGUUUUACUGAAGUGUGUAUGAAAAAUAUAAGUCGUACUAUGGAUAAAUCCGAAUCUUGCGUGACACCAAAAGAUGAAGCCGAUAUCUCAAUCGUUGAGAGAAUUGUAAAUAAAACUGGUGACCGAAAAUUGGCUGCUAUUUUAGCUUUGGAUAUGUUUUUGGUUGGAGUUGAUACGACAUCGGUUGCAGCUUCAUCAACCAUUUAUCAAUUGGCAAAAAAUCCUGACAAACAGCAAAAACUCUUUGAAGAACUGAAACAAGUAUUUCCUACACAGGAAACAGAAAUCAACCAAAACGUACUCGAACAAAUUCCAUACUUAAGAGCCUGCAUAAAGGAAACAUUAAGAAUGUUUCCAGUGGUCAUAGCGAAUGGCAGAAGUUUGCAGUCAGAUGCUGUCAUAAAUGGUUAUCACAUACCAAAAGGUACACAUGUAAUAUUUCCGCAUCUGGUCGUUUCCAAUGAUCCUGCAUAUUUUCCUGAACCAAAACGAUUUAUGCCCGAACGUUGGAUGAAACAAUUUGCACCAUCCACAGAAUGUCCGUAUGCAGGACAAAAAAUUCAUCCUUUCGUGAGUCUGCCUUUUGGUUUUGGACGGCGUAUGUGUGUGGGACGUCGAUUUGCUGAAAUUGAAUUAAAUACGCUGCUCGCCAAGAUAUUUCGGAAAUAUAAAGUGGAAUACAAUUCCGGUGAAUUAGUAUACAAAGUCAACUCAACCUACAUACCAGAAUCACCACUAAAUUUUAAAUUGACACUCAGGCAGGAAUAAGCAAAUAAAAGCAUAUUGCAAUAAUAUAUAUUGUACGAAUGAAAUUAGUUAUUAUAAGGUAUUUUGUAUUUUAGCACUUUUAUUUUAUUAUAUUUAUAUAUGAUUGAACGGUAACUAAUGAUUUUAAGACGGUAACUAAUGCAUAGAUAUAAGAUUAUUGUUUAAAUGGAACCAUUUUGUGUAUAAGAUAGUUUAAUAAAAUUCUUUUGUAAAUAUAAAU